AAGGCUUAGAGAAUAGAGCAGAUAGGACUGACUGUACACUUCAUACCCAAGACAUUCUGAUAAUGCCAGACCCCUGAUCGGCUGAAGGAUUUCACCAACUACAUGCCUGACACACUGAAAGCCACCAGCUGUUCAUCGGAGCUUCUCCUGCCCCGUGUAUGGUCCAAAAUGAUGUCUCUGAUGCUCCUAGUUUGGGCUGUUCAAUGUUCAGCAGAUAACCUUGUCAGCAGCGCUGUACGUGGAGAGUCUUCCUACCUAAAAGACACUUCCCAGCUCUUCUGUAGUUUACCAGGACCUCCAGGGCAAUCUGGAGUGCCAGGGCAUCCAGGAUCAGCUGGCACCAUUGGAAGAAUAGGAUUUCCAGGCAAAGAUGGGAAAGAUGGAAAAGACGGGGAAAAGGGAGAAAAAGGCGAUGAAGGUACCCCUGGAAGAGUUGGGAAUCCAGGAAAACAAGGGGGCAAGGGCAAGCAGGGUGCUAUAGGAAGAGCUGGUCCAAGAGGACCCAAAGGUAUACGUGGUGAUCCUGGAAAGCAAGGGAAAGAAGGAACAAAGGGUCCAAAAGGAAAAAAAGGUGAUGCAGGAAUGCCUGGACCAUGCAGUUGUGGGUCCAAAAAAGCAAAGUCAGCAUUUUCUGUUGCAGUUACAAAGAGUUACCCAAAAGAACGUCUGCCCAUUAGAUUUGACAAAAUCCUUAUGAAUGAAGGAGGACAUUAUAAUGCAACAAGUGGUAAAUAUAUAUGUAGCAUACCUGGUAUUUAUUUCUUUACAUAUGACAUCACUUUGGCCAAUAAACACUUGGCCAUUGGUCUGGUCCACAAUGGCCAAUACAAAAUAAAGACUUUUGAUGCCAACACUGGGAAUCAUGACAUUGCCUCAGGCUCCACCAUACUUCCACUGAAGGCUGGAGAUGAAGUGUGGUUACAGAUUUUCUACUCUGAACAGAACGGCCUUUUCUAUGAUCCAUAUUGGACAGACAGUUUAUUUACAGGAUUCCUCAUUUACCCUGACCAAGAGCAUAUUGAUGAAAUAAAGAAAAAGAUCAAGGUCAUGAAGGAAACAGAUAUAAGCUGAGGUCGAUGCUCCUAAUCAAGUAUGGUCUUCUUGUACAGAGAACUGGAGAAGCUUAUAGCAUUGAACAUUUCUUUAUAGGUACAAAAACGUAUAUAUUGACUGGAUAUACCAGAAAUGACUUACUGCCGAGUAUCUAACUGUUGUAACCACUUUCAAACCAAAUGAGACUGUUUAUGGGUGGGUGACUUACUACUCAAGCACAGUGGCCUCUUCUCGGGACACUCUAGUUUGAGGGACCAGUGGGUUCUCAGUGGUUGUACAUCUGUUAGUCAUCUGGUAAGAUAUGCCCUUUGUUAACAGUCUCUCAAUUAACUUGUGCCAGUAGCAUAAUGUAACUUUUUAACUUACAAUGUAAUAAUAAGCAAAUUCUAUAAAUUUCACCUUCUCUACAAUGUUAAUUAAGCACAUUGGCUGCGUCCUGCUCCUUUUUUGUGGUAGUUUUUGCAGUUUCUAAACCAAACCCAGGAGUAGAUAUAAUGCAGAGGAGAAGAAUCAGUUGUUCCUAUAUGCUUUUUCUUUUUUUAAGAUCCACUCCUGCCGUUGGCUUACCUAAUAAAAAGAGUUAUGCUUCUCUACUCUCUGGUCUUGCGCCCCAUCUCUCGUUCAACCAUCUUUCUGUCCCUUGCUUGUUUACUUCCAGUCAGGGUAUGGAUGUAGCACAUAUGCUGCUACAGCCAAUGACUGGCUUCAGCAGUGAUGUCCCCACCAAGCCGGUCAUUGUCUGCAGCAGCGCACCUGACCAUGUCCAUAACCUGGCCGAAUGUAAACAAGCCAGGGACAAAAGAUGUCCAGAUGGGAGCCAGGACGCAGGACCAUACCGUUGGGGAGCAAUUUAAGAUGACUCUUUCAUUAGGUCUUACAUGCUAUAGGACAUAACUAAAAACAGAAGAAUUCCAGAAAAAUCCUUUUAAAUAAAUUUAAUCUGCUGUCAAAGGGAAUAAUAUCAAUAACAUACAGGUCCUUCUCAAAAAAUUUGCAUAUUGUGA